AUGCUAGCUAUGAUGUCAAAACCAAACACCAUCAAAUGGUUAAGUUUAUUUUUAUUAGUUUUACAAACAACAAGUCUUGUACUUCUGUUACGUUAUUCAAGAACAAUUCAAACAAAGACCGAUCGUUAUUUAUCAUCAACAGCUAUUGUUACAGCAGAAUUUUUAAAAGCUCUUAUGUGCAUUGUACUUGUAUGGCUGGAGCAAGAACGAUCAUUAAUUCGUCUUAUCAAAACGCUGCAUGAUGAAAUCUAUUGUAAACCUGUUGAAACAUUCAAAUUAGCAAUACCAAGUGGUCUAUAUGCUAUUCAAAAUAAUCUUUUAUUUAUUGCAUUGUCUUAUUUAAAUGCUGCAACAUAUCAGGUUACCUAUCAAUUGAAGAUACUCACGACAGCAUUAUGCGCUGUGCUUAUACUUGGACAAAAAUUAGAUGCACUAAAAUGGUUUUCAUUGUUUAUGUUAACCAUUGGAGUUGCCUUUGUACAGUGGCCUGAUGAAAAGCAAACAGAAUCUCUGAAUAAAGCAAGUUGGUUUCAACAAUUUACUGGCCUCGGCGCUGUUUUAUCAGCAACGUUAACCAGUGGUUUUGCCGGUAUUUAUUUUGAAAAAAUACUAAAAACAAGCCCCACUUCAGUUUGGAUACGAAACAUUCAACUAGGUAAAGGAAAAUCCAUAUUUGGAGUAUUUUUCGGCCUGAUUAUUGUUUACACAAUGGAUUAUAGCAUCGUAUCACAAAAAGGCUUUUUUAAUGGAUACACCACUAUUGUUUGGAUUGUUGUGCUUCUGCAGGGUCUUGGUGGUUUGCUAAUCGCCGCUGUUAUUAAAUAUGCCGACAAUAUAGUUAAAGGAUUUGCAACAUCUUUGUCAAUAAUAUUAUCAUCCAUAGUGUCCUACUUUCUUUUACAUGAUUUUGAGCCAACACUAUUUUUUUACUUUGGAACAACAUUCGUUAUAGGUGCAACAUUCUUAUACAGUUAUGAUAAAAAAAAAGUUACGGAAGAAUCAAAAGUUUAA